AACUGUUUAAACCAGUAUUUAUAGUUCAGUCAACACCAAUCUGUCAGGGUGGUGACAGCCUCUGGGUCAUUCAUUUACACAUAAGCGUGUAGCGCUUCAAGUAGUUAUUGGGUCGAAUUGAACGAGUCAACAGUGGAAUUUUCAGACUCUCUAUAGCUCUGCGUAUCAUUGGCCUCGACGUGGCUGCCUUGCGUUGAAGAAGAUCAUGUCAUCCCGUAUAACAAGACAAAGAUCUAGAGAGGGAAGUGGAGAAGCCAAGGAUUUAGAAACUCAACCCAACAGGACUGUGGAUUCAGUUAUGCAUGACAAACCUUCGUUUUGUUUGAACGAGGAGCAGAGAAAGAUGAAGUCGUUUCACGAACGUAAAACGGACGUGGAUUCAGCCAUAGAGUGGAUCGCGAAAGAAAUUAAAUUCCUAAAGCAGCAAGACCAAAAUCUAAUGAGACAGUUUGUCAAGCUGCGAGGUGUGCUAAACUCGAUAAAGAAUCGUCCGCCGCCUACACUCAAUCGUAAAAGCAGUCUUCCCGAGAACUCUCCGAAUUCACCGAUCAGCCCACUUUAUCGGAUUUCCGAAGAUUCUCCGGGGACGUUCUUCAGAGACGAGACCUCUCCGGGGCUGAGACGAAGAGCACAGUCGGAUUUUGCGGGAUCUGUACCGGAAAACUAUCCUGUUUCACCACUGUCUUUGGUUGGCGACGAUUACGAGCAUUUCGCGAUAUGAAGGAGAGACAAAAAUUAAAGGAUUUGCCCGCAAGGCUUUCGAACGUAUAGACAACGGUUUCCUUCAGGCGCAGGGACGAAAUAAAAGGUCAUCAAUCUGUAAAUGAUUUAUAACAAGGAUGGUUGGAGUCCUCUUAGUGGAUAGAAAAUAAAUAUUUGCAGUACUAAAACUUGCUUUUUAAUACUUCUAUUGACUUCCCUUUUCAGCUGGCCAAUCAUGAGCCAUCACUGCUACAUUAUUUACAUGUUUACAAAGCGUUGUAUUAAACCUUGUUCCCAACGA